CUUCAAUGGACCGGCAUCUCGACGUAAGCUGUGCCUCAUCAUCAAAUGACAGUUUAUACACGGACCUCUCGGGCGGCAAGACAAUAACUAGCAGGCCAUAUACUGUAAGGCACGAAGAUAACCUAAGGUGCAUACCACCAAGGAUUGAUCUGCUACUGAUCGGAAAAACCGGAAAUGGCAAAAGUGCGACUGGAAACACAAUAAUAAGAGAAUGGACGUUUGAAAGCGAGUCAAAUACGUCUUCGUUAACCAAACAAUUCUACAGCGCGACUACAGAACACAACGGUCGUCCGUUAAAAGUCGUGGAUGGUCUGACAGUUUGUGACACCAGGCUGGACAGAGAACGGUCAGUUGAGCAGUUGACUGAGGCCGCUAAGUUGGCUCUGGCAGCCAAUCCUGAAGGCUAUCAUGCUUUUCUUCUGGUGCUUAAAUAUGGGAACAGGUUCACUCGUGAAGAAAAGGACGCGGUUGAUGCCUUAAAAAACGUCCUUGGAGAAAAUUUCCUGAGGAAAUACUGUAUUUUAAUUAUGACAUGCGGGGAUAUUUUCAAGGAAGAACAGCGUGGAACCAUUGACAAGAGAACGACUUUCCCCCAAUGGUGCGAAAAACAAGACGGCGCCUUUAAAGAGUUGCUAGAAGAAUGCGACAAUAGGCUCAUCUUAUUCGACAACAGCACUCAGGUCGAACAGGAUAUAGCGAAACAAAUCGACGCAUUAAUAAAUAAAGUCGAUGAGAUGCUAAGCGAUCGCCGCUAUACCAACAUGAGCUUUGAAAAGGUUCAGAAAACUAAAACCAACAUCAUCACAAACCCGAUCCAAAAUAUGAUCCAAGAUGAGGUAGAAACUAGAUCAGAAGUCGAGCAGACACAAGUCACAAACAGCCGUAUUCAGAAUGAAGAUUUGUUGUCAUGUGAAAGUAGUCAAAGUAUGCCUGUCACGUAUUCACCACUUGACUGCCCAGAUUCUCCACCCAAAUUGGCAUUCGUGCUGAAAGAUAAAAGUGAGGAAUACGAAAAUCUGAUUAAAGAACUCGAACUCAUUAAGAAAAAACAACAAGAAAUCGAAGAGAGUUUCCAGAAAAAAAUUGAAGAAAUGGAGCAGAGAAUGCGAGACAAAGAUGGCGAGUAUCGAGAGACAGCAGAGGUAUUGGAACAUGAGACAGUAGACUUAGUCAAACUUGACAGGAUGUUGAGUCAAACCAAUACUGUCCAGGUCUUACUGGCCAAGCAGGAAGAAUUUUCUGGAGCUCUUCAAGACCUGAGUCAAACCUUGGAAUCUCUACAAAAACAGUCUGAUGAAAACGCUAUAUCUCGCAGAUGUAUUGAAGAAAUACAACAAAGUCGACCACAGGAAGAAGAAAUGAAACAGGUCUUCGAUAAAGAGCUGAAAAAUCAAAGAGAGGAUUGUGAAAAUCGAAUUGACGACUUAAAAGGUGAUGAGCAGCAAAGGAGGGAAAUAGAACGUAAUCAUCAGAAGAUAUUUGAAGAUCUGGUGCAAGAGAGGCGAGACACGGAGCACGGACGUCAAACGAUUCCCAGAGUAAUGGACUCGGCAGGACAAGCACAGCAAGAAGAGGGAACGUUUGACCUCAAAAAUAAUCUUUCGUAAAGCUUAAAACAGGUACAGGAAGGACUGAAGCAAAUGGAGUAUACACAGAUAAACUUAAGUCAGCAACUGUCUUAAGUUCAGGUGACUUAAGUUAGCGAAUGUAUUAAGUUCAGUUGACUUAAGUCAGCGACUGUCUUAAGUUCAGCAUUGCCUUAACCUUGUGUCACUUAUGAGCUUUGUAAGUAAAAGUUCCGUUACUUUAUACCGGUGUUGGCACCACAAAGUAUGUGUUGUUUAGG